AAAAAAGGAUUCCACUGAGAAAAACAAAAGCCUUUCUGCGUGGAUUUUGGAUAAUGAGUGACUAAGCACAAGCUGUCCGAAUUGUUCAGGGGUAGCAAAAACGAAGAACAGCAAUUUCGCCAAAAAGACGCAGUUGAGAAAAAGUGUUAGCAAGUGAGAAACAACAUUAAUGAAUUUCGUGAUUAAAAACAUUUCAAAAGGUGUACAACAAAAGCUCAUUUAAUAUAAAAAUAAAAAGAACGCAAGCGAAAUAUACAAAAUAAAAAAUCGCGGCGCGCCAACAACAAAACGUGGCACAAACUAAAAACACAAAACAAAAGCUCAACGAAAACGAGAGCGAAUGCGAAUGCGCGCGCGCGAGUGAGAUAGCAGUUAGCCGCAGAGAGAAACGAAGAGCGGUAAGCGAGAGCGACAACAACAAAACACCAGCGCAAGCAGAAGCCAAAAGCCAAUUGCGCACGAAACGUAGAACGGAGAGAACUAACGGAACUCUACAAGCGCAGCACGGAUAACGGUUAAAAAGGGCGAAACACAGAGAACACGGGGAAAAUGGUAAACAAGGUGAAUGGCAAGAAGGCGGACAAGGACAAGGAGAGGCAGCGAGAGGCAAUGUCGCCGGCGGCGGGCAACAACAGCAGCAACAUCGAGAACAGCAGCAACCUGAGCAACAUAAACAACCAAAAACCUAUUAACAAAACAGCAAACAACAACAACAAAGCUCAGAAUGCCAAGGCAAACAGCAACAACAAAAAGAACGCAAAUGCAGGCAAGGGACAACAGCAACAACAACAGCAGCCGCAGCAACAGCAACGCGGCAGCAAAAAAGCCAAGCCACAGCGGCAACAGAUAUUCCUGCAAUCGCUGCCACGCGACAGCAGCAACUACAGAAGCAACAAUUACAGGAGCAACAUCACCAUAAGCAGCAACAGUAGCGGCAACAGUAGCAGCAACACCAACAAAAGCAGCAACUUGGACACACCGGCAACAGUGAACAGUGGCGUGGGCAAAGUAAACCCCGCCGAACUGCUAACGGCCGCCUUGGCCGUGCCCUGUGCCAAAUGCUCCAAGCCAUCGAUGAUCUCCAGUUUGACCACCGCCGUUGCCACCGUUCCCACAGCCUCCGGCUCCACCUCCACCUCCUCCGUUUCCGCCUCCUCCUCCUCGUCGUCGUCGUCAACCAGCUCCGGAUCGGAGACCGCCAGCAAUCACAGCGAUCUCAACUAUCCGGAACCGGUUGUCUACUCCAGCAAGCAGUACCGCAAGUCCAAGUCCUACAUGGGGGUAUCCCAGUACAACAGUUCUUCAAAUACCUAUCGGGGGCCCAAUGCCGCUGGCGGUGGGGGUGGUAAUGGCAACCAUGUGGCCUACAGACGCUCCCAAAGCGAUCGACGCAACUCGUUCGAUCGCACCUUCGCCGAAAGGAAUCGCGACUUUGUGCCCAUUGUGCCGCCAUCGCGUCCGGUCCUGUCCUCUUCCAACAUCGCCGGAGUCAUGGCCAGUUCCACCAAGCUGACGAUCAUAGAGCGGUUCGGCAAAGGUCGUGUCGCGUAUCCCAUAAUGCAGUGCGGGACACUAGACGUUGCCGAACCGUUGUAUCAUCAGCAGCGCAGCAACAGAAUGGACGUCUACCAGAUCGACGAUGGAUUCCACUCGGACGGCGGCACCGAGACACCGCCGCCGUCCCCCAGUUCCGGGUCAUCGAUCGCCUCGACAUCGGACCACGGAUCACUGGAGAGCGUCGACACCGGCGGGACGCAGCGGCUGGCCGUGCUUUCGUUCGAGCAGGUGAGCAAGCUGCACGACGUCAUGGACGAAAAGGUGGCCAUCCACGGGCGCGGCAACUUUCCCACGCUGGAGGUGACGCUCAAGGAUCUGGUCAACCUGGUGCGGCGCAAGCUGGAGGCCGAGGUGAACGCCGGCGGCGCCGGGGUGUUAGUUAAGGACAUCCGUCUCAAUGGCGGGGCAGCUAGUCAUGUUUUAGCCAGCGAGGAUCAGCCGUACAAUGACCUGGACCUGAUAUUCGCCAUCGAGCUCAGUUCGCCGCGCGUCUUCGAUCGCGUCAAGGUGGCGGUGCUCAAUACCCUACUCGACCUGAUGCCCGAGGGCGUCUGCAAGCGCCGCAUCUACACGUGCUCCCUGAAGGAGGCCUAUGUGGGCAAGAUGGUCAAGGUGAACAACAACAACGACGGCGACCGCUGGUCGCUCAUCUCGCUGGGCAACUCGCCGGGCCACAAGAACGUCGAGCUGAAGUUCGUCGACUCGAUGCGGCGCCAGUUCGAGUUCUCGGUGGACUCGUUCCAGAUUGUGCUCGACUCGCUGCUGCUCUUCUACGACUGCGCCGCUCUGCCCAUUUCGGAGAACUUCUAUCCGACGGUGGUCGGCGAGUCGGUCUACGGGGACUUCCAGGAGGCACUCUACCACUUGCAAAAGAAACUGAUCUCAACGCGUCAGCCGGAGGAGAUACGAGGCGGCGGCCUGCUCAAGUACUGCAAUCUACUGGUGCGCAACUACAAGGCCGUCGACUCGCAGCUCAUCAAGACCCUGGAGCGCUACAUGUGCUCGCGCUUCUUCAUCGAUUUCCCGGACAUCAAUACGCAGACCACCAAGCUGGAGGCCUACUUGCGUAACCAUUUCUGGGGCGUCGAUGAGGAACCGCUGCAGUAUCAGUACCUGAUGCAUUUACGCGAGGUGGUCGAGAUGUCGACAGUCUGUCUGAUGGGCCACGAGCGGCGCCAGACGCUCCACCUUAUCCAGUCGCUGGCCGCCCAGGUGCUCUACAACAAGCAGGAGAAGCAGCAGCAGGAGCAGUACCAGCAGCAACAGCAGCAACAUCAGCAGCAACAGCAGCAGCAUCAGCAGCAUCAGCAACACCAGCAACAGCAGCAACGUCAGCAUCAGUUCCUGGACCCAGCGCAGCAGCAACAGCAACAGCAGCAGCAGCAGACACAGACGCAACAGCAGCAGCCGCAGCAGGCGGCCACCUUGACCCUGGUCUCACAGGCACCGCCGACGGGCCAGGCGCAGGCCAUCUAUGUGCAACAGGCCGCCCCAGCCGCCGUGUGCUGCACGAGCAGCGCGGAUCAGACGGCGUCGGCAGCUCCACAGGCCAUACAGAUCCAGACCGGCCCGCCGGGACUCAUCUACGCCAACGGCGUCUACUAUGCACCUGUGAUCCCCAGCACCAUCUGCACGUGCAACUCCACCUGGCUGAGCACGUGAUUGGGGCAGCAGCAGGAGCAGCAUCAGCAGCAACAGUUCCAACAGCAACAGUGGUCAGAGAAUGCAUUGGGAUCGACGCUCUUGGCUGAAACUGAAACUGAACCACCACUAGAAACAGCACCGAUAGCACCACCAUCUCAACCACCAUCAUCACCGUCACCAACAGCACCCGGAAACCAAGUCCAAAAUCAGAUUAGACCCACGACCAUCAGCAGCAGCAGCAGCAAGAAAAAGAAGAACAAGGCCAAGACUCAAAGUAAGCAGACAGUAGCAGCAGCAGCAGAAACAGCAACCAUGACAACAAAGAAGAGCAGCAGGACCAAACAAAAGGCAGCAGCGUCAACAGGAGCAGUCGCAGGAGUCACGGGCAGCUUGGUGCUGACACCUCAGCAGAUCAACGGACUGCCCGUAUACAGCCAGCUGGAAGACGGAGGACGAUCGGCCGCGGGCACGUACAGCGGACAGUUUGCCUACUUCUAUCCGCACGACGGCUCGGCACCCAGUUUGUUUCUGCUCGGCGAGGACUCCUACCUCAAUGUUACCGAACAGCAACAGGAGCAGCAGCAGCAGCAUAAUCAUCAGAUUGUCUAGGAUGUGGAGGAGAACCACUUGUUUGCUCGACUUUACUAUUACCGUUGAUUCAUUAUUAAUUCGGUUGGCUUCUUUCUUAACGUUAACUGUACGAUCAGAGGUCUAUUCACUGUUCCUUUUCUAUAUCUCUAAUUCAAUGUGACCGGCGACUGUAAAGCCCUUCCACGACACUUGGCACACACAAGCACACGCGCUCCUACUUUAAUAAUAUAACUAUCCCGAGAGUUUGAACCGCAGACUGAACUUCAGCCGCUGUUAGAUGUUGAACCGAGACACCGCCAAAAUAUCACUGACCCCCUGAAAAAGGACGAAAACGAUUGCGAAUAAUCAAUAAUUUGGCUAUAUUAAUCCUUUUGCACACAACUUGCAACAUCCGCGUUGAUUGUGUAACUUUCUUUGCCUACGAUAACUAAAUUUUAAUUUGUAAAACUUAAAAAAAAGACAAAAAAAUUAUUAAAAAAAAAAAAAUAAUGUAAAGCCAAAAUUUAUUCUGUUUGCUAGGUCGAAAAUCGUUUUCAUCUUUUUCAACUUUCUUCAUUUUUUUUUUGUAAUAAACAAACCUAAAAACCUACCUGAAGCAGUAAUGUCUUAAUUUUGGAUUUGCAAACCCACAUGUCCCCCCACAUCAACCAUUGUAUUUUUUAAUAAACAAACAGACACACAAAACCUAAAAAACAAAAACCGUAUGCAUAUGAUAUAGCCUGUUAAUUACGGAUUGACCUUUUUGUAUGCCAAGUGCAGCAGACGAAGGCGGAGUGUUGGGUUCCAGUCUAGAAAUUCCAAGCAACAAUCUAAUUGCAGGCUGAAAUGAUAAAUUAAAGCGAUGAUAUGUAAAUAUUAGUCAAAUUAAACUGUGGAUGAGGAAGAUGAGGAUUCGGACGUGUAAAGGAUAUAUUUGUCUAGUUUAUCAGAAGUUGCUCAAUGAAAUUCAAUUCACAAAACAAAAAAAGAAAUUAAAUUUAAAGUAAUGUGUAGAAAACUGAAAAACAAAAUCUCUAAACGAAAAGAAUGAGAAAUGUCAUAUUUUGUAGAAUAUUUUCGGUGUGUCAGGCAACAGCAACAUAUGUGAAUGAUUGAUUGAUUGAAUUGUUAAAUCCAGCUGGGUGAUAAUUUAUGAAUGAUUAAAUGAUAUAAAUUUAAAACAUAAAUAUGCUCUAAACAACAAAUAUUUAUAGUUCGAAACGAAAACAUCCAUCAAGAAAUGUCUGCUUUAUGUGUAAGUCUCUUGUUUGCAAUUGCAGCAAAAUACAAAAAGCGACUAAGGAAUAUAUACUUAUAUGCAACCAUAAAUAUAUAUUUAUAUCCACAACAAAUGAAAGACAAAUGGUCCACAAUACAAAAUGAAUCGAAGAUGUGUUGAUGACGAUGAAUGAUUAAGUCUACGAUGUUUCCUCUCCGUGUGCAUUCUUUGAUAACUUUGAGAAUUGUCUACCAAUUACACACUUUUGUAUAAUGUUAACCUUGAACUUGUGUUUUGAAUUUAUGUAUUAACUUUAGUUUAAACAUUGUGACAUAAUGUACGAUGUACGCUGUAUGUAUGUGUAUAUAUCCAGAUUAUCUAUAUGCAUAUUCGACAAGGUCCAAAGCCAACGUAUUCCAAUUUGCAAUCUGCAAAACAUUUUACUUAGUGCAAACUUUAAAACGAGUUAACCUGAUACUGAAACUGAAACCGAAACUCUAAAACUGAAUCAAAAUCUAAACCAAAAACACAAAAUUAACAAGAAAAAGAAUUGAAGUCCAUCUGAUCAGUCAGAAUUCUUUGGUUUUACCAGCUGCAUGAAAAAGGUUUAUUUUUUAUUUGGGUCCCAUAGCUAAUGCCUGGGCUGGGCGGAUUGUGUUUUUACAUAAAAUACAAUACAAUACAAUACAAUAAAAUAUAUAGAUAUAUACACAUAUAUAUUAUUUAGCUGUAUGUUAGUUGGAUAAGCCUGUAGAGAAGUGGACAUUUUUUGAAAUAUCUCUAGCGUGUAAUCUUAAAUUUAUACAUCUACAUAUACAGAUAAAGAUACAAGAUACAAGAUACAGAUACCAGAUAUAAUUGUAAAUUCAAGCAAAUCAAUCAACAAUCCAUUGAGAUUUGUAUAUAAUAUAUAUACUUAAUUACGUAUAUCUAAUUAUUAUACCAACAAACACACACAUACACCACAAGCAGACACCACACAUACAUACACCACACACCCACACACAACAAUAUAUAAAUAUUACUUACAUAUUACAUUAUAUAUAUAAUUGAUAAUAUUAAUAAUGUAUCUAUAUCUAUACCAUAUACAACAAUUACCAUACAUAUUACUUCUGUGCGCUUCUUGCGAUCUAAGGAAUUUCAAUAAAAACAAACAAAAAUACCUAAAAAGUA